GAAAACGUAAGGGAGUCCUACUUGUCUGCUUCCCGAGUUCAGAGUUCAGACUCAGCACAUCACCCUUCUCUAGUCUCAAAUGGCGUGCUCACUCCCGCUCCACGCCCCCUUCUCCUCGUCGCCCCGCAUCCUCUCCUACCGCCCCGCGCCCAGAACCCUCCCUCUGUUCCGCCGAGGGCUCAGGGUUCCGUACCACCGCUCCCCUUCCCCGCCUCGCGCGCUCCCGGACGUUGCUGCGGGGGCCGUGGCGGGCAUCCGGGACGCGCUCGCCGACGCCUUCUUGACGUCGCCGCCGACGUGGCGGUCCGCCGCUGCCAGCAACCUCGCUGUCUUUGUCUCCGGAUCGCCGUUGCUUCUCUCGGGACUGUCCGCCUCCGGCUUCGCCGCCGCCUAUCUCUUGGGCACCCUGACGUGGCGCGCGUUCGGAGCCCAGGGUUUCCUCCUCGUUGUCGCAUACUUCGUUGUGGGCACAGCGGUUACUAAGUUGAGGAUAAGACAGAAGGAAGCUCUGGGAGUAGCAGAAAAAAGAGGAGGAAGAAGAGGGCCUGGAAGUGUUAUUGGUUCUAGCGCUGCCGGUUGUGUUUGUGCCCUACUAUCGAUAUAUCAUGCUGGUGGUACAGCGUCCUCUGAGCUCUGGAGACUGGGUUUUGUUGCUAGUUUCUGUACUAAACUAAGUGAUACAGUUUCAAGUGAAAUAGGGAAGGCUUUUGGAAGAACAACGUACCUGGUGACAACAUUAAAGGUUGUUCCUAGAGGUACAGAAGGUGCAAUCAGUAUUGAGGGUACUAUUGCUGGAAUUCUAGCGUCUGUGUUUCUUGCAGGUGCUGGUUAUCUUCUUGGGCAGGUGGAUGUAUCACAAGUUGUGUUAUGCGUUCUUGCUUCUCAGAUUGCAAAUUAUGUUGAGAGCUAUAUUGGGGCCACUUUACAAGACAAGGAAGGUUUUGAAUGGCUGAAUAACGAUAUUGUCAAUGUACUGAAUAUCUCUAUUGGUGCCAUAUUGGCUGUUCUAACGCAGCAGCUGCUCGUCAGUUGGAGAUCUUAAUUUUUCCUUUUGACUUAGGUCUGCAUCCACUAUUCGAAUUUUAUUCUUGUAGUAGCUGCCAUAUUUUGCCCAUCUGAAAUGUAAUCAUAGAUUCACAUUUGGGCCCAUCCUAACUUUCUCUAGGUUCCGGUCUUUGUUAUGCCUACUGUGAAAAUGCAAAACUGUCUUUCCUUCAGUUACAUUGAGGAGUUCUCUAAUUAUGCUGUUAACUUAGGCAGAUGUUGAUUAGGAUCUGUUUGAUAGAGCUCUCAAAGUGUUUUUUGGGAGCUGAAAACAAUUUUUUUUAUUAAGAAGUGGGUGAUUUUAUGC